CUCGAAACUGAACUCUCGGAAGUGUAGUUACAUAGUCUGCGCACUCACACGUGAGAAAGCUGCUCACAUAAACGGAGCUAUGCACUGACGGCAAAUUCGUUACCUUGUUUUCAGACACUCCUGUGGAGUUUGUCGUUGAGUACCUGCUGAAGGCCAAAGAGAUCGCAGAGAAUAAUGCAAAUGUUCCAGCUGAGCUGCAUGAUAAUCUUCAGAAGGCCCUGGACAUCGCUAGCGGAUUGGAUGGUUACCUUGAACGAAUGAGCAGCCAGGAGAGUGAACCGUUGGCUGAGUUGUAUAGGAAAUCAAUUUCUCAUGACUGGAAUAAGGUACAUGAGGAUGGAAAAACCUUAUUCAGGCUUCCUGUUACAUGCAUCACUGGACCGGUAGAAGGUCAAGUAUUGAAGAUGCUGGUCCAUAUGAGCAAAGCAAAGAGGAUCUUAGAAAUAGGAAUGUUCACAGGAUAUGGAGCCUUGUCAAUGGCAGAGGCCUUACCAGAGAAUGGCCAACUUAUUGCCUGUGAGCUCGAGCCUUACCUGAAAGACUUCGCACAACCUAUAUUUGACAAGUCACCUCAUGGUAAAAAGAUAACUGUGAAGACAGGGCCUGCUAUGGAUACCCUAAAGGAAUUAGCUGCCACGGGAGAGCAGUUUGACAUGGUUUUCAUUGACGCAGACAAACCUAACUACAUCAACUAUUACAAGUUCCUCCUGGACCAUAACUUGCUGCGGAUAGAUGGUGUUAUAUGUGUAGACAACACACUGUUUAAAGGAAGAGUCUACCUCAAGGACUCAGAAGAUGAUUUUGGAAAAGCCUUGCGAGAUUUUAAUCAGUUUGUCACAAAUGAUCCUCGAGUAGAGCAGGUCAUUAUUCCACUCAGAGAUGGCCUCACUAUAAUACGAAGAGUGCCCUACACACCUCAGACAAAGACUCAGGUGAAGAGCACAGUGACCUAUGAUGAGGUGUUCAGAGGAGUUCAAGGGAAGCAAGUGCUGGACAGGUUACGUUUAGAUGGUAAAGUAGCCUACGUGACCGGGGCCGGUCAGGGCAUCGGCAGAGCCUUCGCACAUGCUCUCGGAGAGGCUGGAGCCAAAGUCGCCAUCAUAGACAUGGACAAAGGAAAGGCAGACAAUGUGGCCCAUGAACUGACUUUGAAAGGCAUUUCCAGCAUGGCCGUGGCCGCGGACAUUAGCAAACCAGAGGACGUUCAGAAGAUGAUUGAUGACAUUGUUUCAAAAUGGGGCACAAUUCACAUCGCUUGCAACAACGCUGGCAUCAACAAGAACUCAGCUAGUGAGGACACUAGUCUAGAAGAAUGGGACCAAACCUUUAACGUUAACCUCAGAGGGACUUUCAUGUGUUGCCAGGCGGCCGGUCGUGUCAUGCUGAAGCAAGGAUACGGCAAGAUAAUCAACACAGCUUCCAUGGCCAGUUUAAUAGUGCCGCAUCCGCAGAAGCAACUGUCCUACAACACAUCCAAAGCUGGGGUGGUAAAGCUCACACAAACCUUGGGCACAGAGUGGAUUGACCGAGGCGUUCGAGUCAAUUGCAUCUCCCCUGGUAUUGUUGACACCCCUCUCAUCCAUUCAGAGAGUCUGGAGCCUCUAGUUCAGCGCUGGCUGUCAGAUAUCCCAGCCGGACGACUGGCUCAAGUGACAGACCUCCAAGCUGCAGUGGUAUACUUGGCAUCUGACGCCUCUGACUACAUGACAGGGCAUAACUUAGUCAUAGAGGGUGGUCAGAGUCUAUGGUAGAGAAAGUUUGCUUCUCAGCCAGUGUUCCUAAAGGAUAACUUGAUUUUAAAGAGAUAGUUCACCCCAAAAUGAAAAUUUGUUCAUUAAUUACUCACCCUCAUGUUGUUCCAAACCUGUAAGACCUUCGUUCAACUUCGAAACACAAAUUAAGAUAUUUUUGAUGAAAUCCAAGAGCUUUCUGACCCUAUAUAGAUAGCAAUAGAAACACAUUCACGUCGAAGACUGACAUUACAGAUUCGUAACAUUACGGUUUGAACUACUGAUGUCACAUGGACUAUUUUAAUGAUGUCCUUACUACCUUUCUGGGCCUUGAACAUGGUAGUUGCAUUGCUGUCUAUGCAGGGUCAGAAAGCUCUCGGAUUUCAGUAAAAAUAUCUUAAUUUGUGUUCCAAAAGUCUUCCGGGUUUAAAAUGACGUGAGGGCGAGUAAUUAAUGACAGAACUGUCAUUUUUGGGUGAACAAACUCUUUAAAGAUGCAGUACAUUUAUGAAGGGAUGUCCUGCACAUUAUAAGUAAUCAAAGGGUCCACAAAUUUGUUUAGUGUGUAGUGUCUCAAUUGUAAGCAGCUCUACUUGUGCAUUAUUUAAUCAGGUUUUUACAUUUGAACACUUUUACAAUAAACACGGUGUUUUUGUUCUCCAAAUUGCUCAGCUUAUAUUUU